GUGCUACCGUUAGAAAUUGGUAGCUUUUAGAUACGUUGGAAUUUGGGGUAGCUUUUAAAUUUGGAAUCAUUUAAAAAAAAUAGCCAAUCAAAGGCUCACACCUGGCAGGUUGCAGGUAAAUAACGUCCAUUUUUUUUUGCAGUGAUAUCAAAUGAGAGAGAAGUUAAAAUCUAUUUUUUUGAGUUAAUUGCAUGGUUGGUCACUGAGAUUACAAAAAACGUUCAAGUUUGGUCACUCGAAAUAUUUAAAUCCAUUGGUGGUACUUCACUUUACUGAAACCGUUCACGUUUGGUCACUCUCCAUCCAACUCCGUUAACUUUUGCUUAUGUGGCGGUCAACUCUAAAAGUUGACCGUUAAAUGUGUGACGUGACAAUUUAAAAUUAAUAAAUUAAUUUUUAAAAAAUUGCCACCUCAUUUCUACCUCAUUAUCACUUUUAUUUAAAAUAAAGAAAAAACUAAAAUUUCUAGUAAUCUACCAUACCAAUACCCGACCACGAACCAAUGCCACUCACCAUGGUCAGCAUCGUGAACAACGAUUUAUCGUCCAUGGCCACAAUCGAGGAAUCUGGACGCCGCCAGGCGCUUGGGGCUGGGCAGAGCCUCCGAGGCGGGCCCGCUGCCGUCAUGGAAUCUGCCGCGGCAGUCAACUACGGAGUUGGCGUCGUCCACCGCAACCAAGUCACCGACUCCGUCAGAAAAGGCAGGGUUUCCGUCACCGCCGCUGACGUUGGUGACACCCGCGUCGUCACUGAUAGAGUUGGCGGCCAGGUGGUGGGGCAGUAUGUGGACAUGACAGGAGGGGUCUCACUACAGGCGGCCGCCUCCGGAGGAGGUGGUGACGGGAUAACGGUGGUGGAGGCGCUGGAAGCGGCGGCGCUGUCGGUCGGGGACAAGCCGGUGGACUAGGCGGAUGCGGUUCAGCAAUUGGGGAUUAGAAUAAAUUAAAGUUUUUUUAUCUAUUUUAAAUAAAAUUGAUAAUGAGGUGGAAAUGAUAUGAUAAUUUUAAAAAAAUUAUUUUAUUAAUUUUAAAUUGCCACGUCACACAUUUAACGGUCAACUUCUAGAGUUGACCGCCACAUAAGCAAAACUUAACACAGUUGGGCGGAGAGUGACCAAAUGUGAACGGUUUCAGUAAAGUGAAGUACCACCAAUGGAUUUAAAUAUUUCCAGUGACCAAAUUUGAACAUUUUUUGCAAACUCAGUGACCAACCAUGCAAUUAACCCCUAUUUUUUCUAUUACUUGUGUUCUUAAUUGUGCAAUAUCUCAUUUGUUUUAAAUUGGAGUUCAAACAUUUUUAUCUAUAAAGAAUAUAGGAUCUACAAAAUAAUAUUCUUUUUGUUAUAUUUUGAGUUAAAAAGUACACCUUCAAAACAAGAAAUAAAAGACGUUCACAUACUGUUUUUCAUAGAGUUUCCAGAUUGUCACACAACUUAAGUGGAAAAUACGUAAUUGAUUCGAAUCUACGCGUUGGAACUUAGAACAGAGAGGAGAGAAGGUCACGGCAAGACGAGCCGUUUAUCAUUAUGAUAGGUGUCAAGAAGCAUAUCUAUUCUAUAUCCAAUAAGUACCAAGGCGCAAUACCCCGGUUUAAUGGAUAUUGAUAACGAUGUAAUUGCACAUAUUUGCGCCCCUAGUUCUUAUCCGUUUGAGGGGCAUAUUCGUGUAUUGUGGCCUAUUUUACGCCGGGUUGUGCUAUUUUGUCAUGUUUCAGGUCCCAAGUGUCAAAGGGAAGGCUAAGCGCGGGUUUCGGGGCAUUCGGAAGUCAUUUCGGUGAGUUGGAGCCAAAACACGGGCAGCCUAAGGCAUUACACGGCCGUGUACCUGUGGCCGUGCUUUUUAUGCCGAGAGCAGAGCUGAUUACACGGGCAAGGCCGAGACAAAGCACGGCCGUGUUCCACCAAAGCACGGCCGUGUCCAACGCGAAGCACGGCCGUGUUUAACCCACUUGCUGGCCGUGUAAUUAAGCCUUGGCCGAGACACGGGCGGAGUCAGGCAAAGCACGGCCGUGUCCUCGACCGUGCUUUGGCCACUAAUGCUUUUAAGCAGAUUUUCAGCCACAACUCAAGAGGAUUCGAGUUUUUGAGAAAGAGAGCGAUUCCUAGAGAGAGAAAGUGACGAACAAGAGUCUCCAAGUGCCCUAGAUUGAUCUUCAACACCAUUGGAGGCUUGCUUGAGCUUGGAGGAGUGCUAAUCAACGUCCAGGAGCAGGAAUCCAUCCUUCACAGUAUGAAUUCCGUGUCUGAUUCUGCUUUUGCUUUCUUCUCCAUGGAGUAGUUCUCCCAUUCAUCUGGGUAUGGAGAACCCUAGAUUUGUAUGUUAGGUUUGAUUGUAUGAACCCAAGUACUGAUUCUAUGAUUGAUUAUAUUCGAUUGAGGUUUGCAUGAUUGAAUGACUUGAAUCCUGAUCAAAUUCCUGUUGUUUCUGCUUUAACCUAGAAUGAGAAUAUCUGACUAGGUUAAUAGAGUAUCCUUGAUUGAAGGUAGGGAGUUGGUGACUUUAGUCGAGGAGCCAACUCACUAUUCUGUACCGGAUUCACUCCGGUAGUGGAGGUUUUGUUGUUAAGGCCUCAAUCUGUUUCUCCGGUGGAGGUUAGUCGCUCGCUAGAGACUCAGAUUGAGAGGGUCUGAAGACCUUUAGUCGAGACUUCAGGCUGUUUAAGAACCUUCCGCAGUAUAACUGUCAUAGAAACUGAACUUGGUAAUUACAGUCCGGCUUAACUGCAGUCUAGGGGGAACCAUAUCCGGGUGACCUCUCUUAACUUGAAUACAACAGUUUACUUGCU